AUGCUGAAAACACCAGAUGUGCUCCUUUUCUGCUGUGUUGUCGGGGCAGUGAAUGCCUUGUACAAACAGUGGAUUCCUGACAACAACUAUGAGAAUAAGAUCAAUUGGGACAAGGAAGCUGUUCCGUGUGGCAACGACAUAGUUCAGUUUUCCGCCCAGAGACAAGUGUCUGUGUUUGUGGAGACCACACAUGCUGUGCGCGAGAUGAGGCUGCCAGCUGAUGGAGAGUUCAUACUGAAUUCAGGAGCUGGAUUUUACGUUGUGAGCAGACAAGAGGCAGACUGCGGAGCAGGUGUCAUGACCCAGUUCAAAGAAUCAGAGUCUCAUCAGUGGUUUAACCCAGCUCUGUGGCAGGCGGCCGCAACUCUGGAUGACCUGCAGCAUGUAAAGGUAUUAUUCUCAGUCCAUGAGGAGAGUGUCCCUUGCCAGUAUGAUGAUGUGGUUUUUAAAGCCAGCUCUUCUUUCAGGGUGGACACCAGCUCCAGUAAGUCCACCAUUCCUGUCAAAUCUGUGUCUGUGCUGGGGAGGAUGUUUGAUAGCAGAUCUGAGUUCUCCCAGUAUCUCAGCUCGCACUCGGGCCGGCUGCAGUUUCACGGAUCCUCUGCUGUCACUGUUGGAAGCCCGGGCUGUGGGGAUCCUUCUGGCUGUGACUGUGGGAAUUCUGUAAACCAUCAGUGGAUCUGUAGCACUGUAACAUGUGCCACUCUGAGCUGUAAGAACCCUAUCCUCCCUGUAGGACACUGCUGUGAUAUUUGUGGUGCCAUUGUCACCAUCCAUUACACCGCUGCUUUCAACCUGCAAACUUACAGGCAACGAGUGCAUCACCUAUUUCUUGUCCUGCCACAAUACAAAUCCAUGCAGCUGGGCAUGUCUAAAGUCUUCAAAUCACAGCGGUUGAUGGGGAUCGUCCCUUUUGGCACCUUACCUGAGAUCCAGGUGGUUAUCCAGGAUGGAGAGGAGGGAACACAGUCAGACACUCUGGCCUGGGACAUAGUGACAGAUGCCCGUACUCAUGGCUCCAACCUGGGAAUCAUUGGGGCUGAAUUUCAAGCCUCCUCUGGGAGCAGCAGUAAUCAAUCUAGAGGCAGUGCUGGGAUGGUGGUUGGAGUUGUGUUUGGAGUUUUAAUUGUGAUUACACUCAUCAUUGUUGUUGUUGUCCUGAUUCGUAUGGGGAUCGUUCAAGUACCAUCACUGCCUUCACUGCCAUCUCUGAACAUCUUAAGAAGGAACACUGAUGUUGGAGAGCUUGGUGGCCCUCUUGAUCGUGGCUUUGAUAAUCCCAUAUUUGACAACCUCAACAUGCUGCCUGAUAUUCCCGGUCUGUGUAGGACUGAAACCAAUAAUUCAAUCUCCUUGACUCAGACAGGUAUGCACUUUGUAAAUCCAGUUUAUGAUGAGAAUGAAACUGAUUUUAAUGCCUGA